UUGCUGCUACGCUUGGUUUGGUUUGCUUACCAGAAAGAAAUUGGUUCAUGAUCUUCGUGUUUGAAGUGAUUUAGUUUAAAACAGAAAGUGCUAAUAUCCCUGAAGCUUCCAUCAUGAGUAAUCGGGAGAUUCAGGGUUCGACGAGGGUGACUAGGAAGGGACUCAAGACCCUGCAGCACACGGCUUCUGACCGAGAAAACUUAGUUGGCAGGCCUUCAAAAACUCUUAAGCAUCAACUAAGCCAGGAUUCGCCAGUUGAUGUUGAAGUCAAGCGCAAGAAUUUGUCAACCAAGGAGACUCAAGCCAACUUUGACACUAAAAUAUCUGCGGAUGACCUUACCAAUCCUGAAGGAGCAUCGGAGAAGUAUUGGCAAAUCCUAGCAGAGAAGCGGCAAGUUGCUCUACAAGAUGCCUUGGAUGAGAAUGAAAAGCUCCGCCAAAUGAUUGAGGAGUUGAAGGAAAAGAAUGCAGAAUACAAGCAGAUGUUGGAGGAGGCCAAUAGUUUUAUUGAAGUCAUUAAGGAGGAGUUGAAUACUGGCAGCAACGACGACACGGGUAUCGACGUGAACGAUGUCAGCACGGCUGACGAGACCACAGAAGACCCAGAACCCUCCCCGAAGACUCCCAAAAAGAAGUAACUUGUAGUUAUGUUCGCUUAGUCACUUGAAAAAUUAUGACUUUGCGAAUUAACAUAAGUCCUUAAGGAUAUAAAAAAAUGGACUACCUAUCAAUUGGAUUAUUGUAAUGUAACAUCUCAAAAAGAGUUUUUGCCAGAUUUACAAUUGCAUAGUUUUGCCAGUUAGAUUUAGACCAAGAAAAAGCCUGCAGCGAUUUUGAUCAAACGUCAAACUUCUAUGAAAUUAUGACAAAUAACACUUGCCCAGCGUGGACUAUCAAAACCGCUGCAGACUUUUCUUGGUCUAACUCUAAACAAUUGGUAAUAUUUUGAUUGAAAGGGACACAAAGUAACAUAUAACUUUGAGUAUUGUUCAUAGCUGGUAGUUUAACAAUUACUUAAUCGCAGACUUAUAGGUUCCACCAUGUUUAAAUAAUCUGAUUGGUAGUUUGUCUAUGUAUAUGUAGUAUUAGUAUAGUACCAAAUAACUACUUAAAAAUUCAAUCUAUGUAUCAGUCACUCUACACAGCACCUAAUUUUCCCGUCUUUAUUAUGUAUAAAUAGUUAGUAAGUAAGUAAAAAAGAUAGUAACUUAAAUAACAAUAUUAAAAGUUGUGUAAUUUGAGUUAAUAUAUUAUCAUACUUGUUUAGAUUUAAGCUGGCAUCUCACUUUAUUAUAUUUUUCAAUAUUAUUUCCAAACUAAUGCAUUUUUCUAUGAUUAUUCGACCUUUAGCCAUCUAAGCACUAAAUAAUAUGCCAGAUUUUUGUGUAGGUAGGUAAUUGUUUUUUCUAUUAAAAAUUUAAGCUCAACCUAGUGAUUUUAGAGCAACUUUUUAGAAUGAAGUUUCUUUAGUAUUAAGUGAGUUCCUCUAUUUUUCCUUUCCACAUUAUAUGUAGUUGAAAUAUUAAAAUAACUAAUAAAAA